ACAUCUGCGACAAGCUUCCCUCUCAAGACGCUCCAACCCUACUCCGCAAAAACUCCAAUUUUUACUCACAAAAGCGUUCAGAUCGCAUACAAUGGCCUUUACACCGCGCGGACGUGGUGGUGGUGGUAGAGGAGGCUUCGGCGGCGACCGUGGCGGACGCGGCGGUGGCCGUGGAGGAUUUGGUGACCGCGGUGGACGAGGCGGCGGUCGUGGAGGUUUUGGUGAUCGUGGAGGCCGUGGCGGUGGUCGCGGUGCACCCCGCGGAGGACCCAGAGGUGGACGAGGAGGUGCUCGUGGGGGACGUGGAGGUGCUGCUGGCGCCAGAGGAGGAGCUAAGGUCAUCGUUGAACCCCACCGUCACGCCGGUGUCUUCGUUGGUCGCGGAAAGGAGGAUCUUCUGCUCACCAGGAACAUCACCCCCGGAGAGAGCGUCUACGGCGAGAAGCGCAUCAGCGUUGGCAGCGACAAGACUAGCGACGAUGCUCCCGCCACCUCAGUCGAAUACCGUGUGUGGAAUCCGUUCCGAAGCAAGCUUGCUGCCGCCAUCUUGGGUGGUGUCGACGACAUCUAUGUCCGACCUGGAGCCAAGGUCCUGUACCUCGGUGCUGCUUCCGGUACCAGUGUUUCCCACGUAGCUGAUAUCGUUGGACCCGAGGGCACAGUCUAUGCUGUAGAGUUCUCCCACCGAUCUGGCCGUGAUUUGAUCAACAUGGCAACCCACCGCACCAACGUCAUCCCCAUCGUUGAGGAUGCCCGUCACCCUCUCAAGUACAGAAUGCUUUUGCCCAUGGUCGAUGCCAUCUUUGCCGAUGUUGCCCAGCCCGAUCAAGCACGUAUUGUCGGUCUCAAUGCCAGCCUUUUCCUCAAGGUCGGUGGUGGUGUUCUCAUCUCCAUCAAGGCCAACUGUAUCGACAGUACCGCAAAGCCUGAGGUUGUGUUCGCACAAGAAGUCCAGAAGAUGAGGGAGAUGGGUCUCAAGCCCAAGGAACAGCUUACCCUCGAGCCCUUCGAGCGUGACCACGCCAUCGUAGCUGCCAUCUACCAAAGGCCGGAAUAG